CCGGGUUCCAUUAAUUGAACAGGUGCUUGUGUUUGCAAACACAUUGUGAAAAUUGUUGUCAAUGAACAAUUAAUAAAAUGGAUACAAUGUGCCGUUUGAUAAAAUAACGCAUAUAACGCACUUCAAAUGAUUUAACCCAAAGAAACCAAAGAGCCCACAAGGGAACAAAAUAAAAUGGCCGCCCCAGGAACUGAACCUGACAAAACUGAGGAGCAGCUUCAAGCUAUUAGCAUCGCUCGAAAUGCUGUCAACUACAUUGAGAAGUUUGAGCGAUACGAUUGCCAAGAAAACCUAGCGUUCAUGCAGACGCAUUGGAUGCUCUCGACGGAGGAUUUUCGCUACCCAACGGACCCGCCCAUGGGGCUUAUCAGUAAUAUUAACCCACAGAACUCCAACACUUGUGUUAUACUCAUACCCGAGGAGGAUCACACUCCUCCGUUGGACUAUCGAGAACUGCACCAAAUAGUUCGCGAAUUGACGAUGGGCUUGUACGUGCUGAACCAGACGCCCACACUCUCUUUGGAGGCGAAUUUUGAUCAGAGUACGACCUGUCAGUUGCCGCCGGCGUAUCAGGACACUAGGAUAGGUCAGAUAAUGAUCAGCGUGGAUUACAUGAUGAAGUGCCUAUGGCACGGGUGCUAUUUCCCGAAAGACAAACGGACAAAAUUUUCCGAAAAGUGGAGAUCGAGUUUGGACGUGAAUGCAAAUGGGAAACCGGAGACAAAAAAGACGCUGAUAACGGAAUUUUUAAAUUGUGGGCUGCAAGACAUUACUAAGGACCCUGACUAUGCAACUGCGUAUGACAAACUCCCAGUCGAGUCGUCCGGCGACACGGAAAUGGCGGAAGAGCGUCGAUUCUUCAUGUCGCACGCGGACGACUUAACAGUGCAGAUGACAUUGUUUCAAAAGCAUGUGACUCAUUACAAAGAUAUGUUCGUCAUGGAUUCUGAUUGGGUGGUCUCAAGUGUUGUAAAAGUUCUUGAUGACAGACUCGACGCUUUGUCGUAUGAACGUCUAAACUCUCGUCUGCAACUUCAUGAGCAGCUGAUCAUGGAAAACCUCGAUAAAAAGGCGGAGAUUCGACGUCAGUUGUACCUGCUGAAGGUCAUUGGGUACAUGACCCCAUUUUUGAUAGGGAUGAAAAAAAGGAUGAAGAUACCAGAUAUUAACCGUCUUCUCCCCAAUCUAACAGGCGUCCCCCACGCCCCGAUGCCCUAUCAUAGUAGUGAUGAGUGCAGAACAGAACGAGAGUUACCCCCCCUGAUGUUGAGUUCAGAUUUUAAAUGCAAGAAUUUCUAUUUCGGAAACCACUAUUUCCAUUUGCACGGAGGCAUCAUGAUUGAUCUUGACACUGAUCAGCUCACGGAGGAUGACAAAUAUUCUGGCUCCUAUGAGAAGACAAUGAAGGAAGCGUCGACGUACUUGGCCAAACUACUCACUCUCGAGAACACCAUGCUCGAGCACUACAAGGUGCCUACCACGGUUAUAGAUGGCAAAAGUUACUACGUGAUGUGCCUGGACUUCGAGACGUUCUACCCCACCAAUCCCCAGAAGCCCCUGUGGGUGAAGGUGUACCACGAGGAGCUGAACAAGUUGAAGCCCAAGAAGCUGCCAGUCAGUGACAUCCACCUGCAUGAGCAGUUCAAGAAAUACUUUGGCUACAAGAAGGCCAUCAAAUGCAAGACUCCGUACAAUGGGCUGAAAGAAUGCGCAAAGCGCGGGCUUGUGGCCAUGUUCUUUGCUCUGACUCGGAAGAUGAUGCAGGCUUCGAGACUUGGUAAACAAGAUGAGCAUGGGCUGUCGUUGCUUCACUAUGCCGCCAUGAACAACCACCCGCAGAUAAUCGCCAUCCUGCUCAUCCAGUCCAUGGAUGUGAACGUGAGGCGUAACAAUAUCAUGGGAACCGAGGGCGGAGAUAACAAGGGAACCAAUGCACCAGGAGGGAUGACCUACUAUUUAUUGGAAAUAUGCCCGACAGCCAUUCAUGUAGCAGCUCGGUGCGGGGCCCUGGACACGGUUGCCUGCCUUCUGGCAAACUACGCCAACAUCUUGGCCACAGACCAGGACGGCUGGGCGCCAAUACACCACGCUGCGUUCUUCGACCACUACCCAGUGGUGCGACUUAUGAUACGAAAAAACAAAGGUCUAAUGGAGCUUGUAACCAAGAAUGAUUUGAGGUCGACCCCUAUCCUGCUGGCGGCCAGUUCUGGGGGUCUUUCCGUUCUGAAGGGUCUGAUCUCAUCUGGGGCGGACUACAGGAGACUUGACGGGGAAGGAAAUGGGAUUGUGAGUCUGGCUGCGCUGAGGUUUCACACCAAUGUACUGGAGUACCUGAUCGAGUGGAACAACCCAGACGUGCAUGUGUGGCAGAUACUUGUUGGUAUGUUGAAGAGCAAUGACCAAAAGAAGAAGGACAGUUCAGUCAAGUGUCUGGAGGUCCUGUCCACCUCCAAGCCUGACCACUGGAAAUCCAUACUGGAAGCUGAGGGAGUACCAGCACUUGUAGAUCUGCUCAAAAUAGACAAUGAGGAGCUCCAGUGUGUGGCGGCCUCGGUCCUUUGUAACAUCAGCGAGCAGACGGAGGUACGACAAGCGCUUACCAAGUGCAAAGCGGGACCGAUUCUCAUCAAACUACUCUCGUCUCCAGUGGAUGAUGUUCAGUCACGGGCAUCGAUCAUUCUCUCUGACUUGGCGUGCGUGGAAGGGAAUCAGGAGCUGAUCGCGCAGGAAAACGGCAUCACCCCAUUGGUCGCUCUCCUGGAAUCGGAGCUCGAGGACGUGCUAGUGAAUGCUGUGAACGCGAUUCGGGUUUUGUGUGAGAACAAUCGGACGAAUAAAACUCUGGUCGCCGAGGCUCAGGGCCUUGAACCCCUAGUGGAGUUUCUUACGGUGGAUUCUGCUAUUCUACAAGCAGCGACAGCAGCCACUAUAGCGGCAGUGGCAUCAGGGCAUGAGGAGAACCAAAAUAUACUGCUAGAUGAAGGGGCCGCAAAGCCCCUGGUUGACCUAAUUAAAGGUCGCAACGUGCGGGUUCAGGUCAAGGCUGCAAACGCUCUGGAAUCCAUGGCAACUAAUAACGCACGUUGUCAAAAGGCUUUUCUUGAUCUCGACGCUCCAAAAGUGUUGCUGAAGCUACUUAAGAACAUCAGCGAGGAGGUGCGUGAGCAGGGUGCUUGCGCGCUGUGGUCGCUGUCUGGAGGAACCAAGGGAACCAAUACACAGCAAAAAUACAUUGCUGAGAUCACCGGGAUCACGCUCAUCCACCAGAUGCUGCUGGAGAGCACAGAGAAACUGCUCACUGUCGGGUGCUUGAUGUGCAUCGCCCUGGGACGUGAGAGCAUUGAGAAUCAGAACAGACUCGCCAAGGCAGACUGCUUUUCUCAGCUAGUUCGGUUGCUACGGAAACAGAAAACAUUAUUUCUAGAGGAUAGUCAGAUAGAGAGGGUGAUGCUAUGGGUUAUCAAGGUGCUGGGAAUACUCUGUAUAGGUGUUGCGUACAGGAACAACAAGACCACCCAGAACCGGAUUGCAGAGGAGGGCGCGAUACCACUGCUGGUGAAGCAGCUGAAUGAACCCAUCUCUGAUGAAGUCCAAGUGCAGGUUGCGAUGUCAUUGGGCUGUUUAAUUCUCAGCAACCCAAAAAAUCAGGACCUUCUGAAUGAAGUGCCAAACUUCAAGUUUGAGGUUCUUCUCGACAUGUUAAAGUCAAAAAACACGGAAAUUCGUCUAAAUGCGGGCAUGGCGCUGACGAUAUUUGCGUUCAACAACACGCCACAGCAGUAUGCCAUUCGAGAGGCGGGGGGAGUGAAAUACUCGGUGUUCAAGGAAUUCAUCAAGUCACCAGAUGAGUUCCACAACUGCUAUGCGGCAUUCCAGAUCGUAGUCCUAGCACGAGUUAUCAUCGACAAAGACCAGGUGAAGCUAACAGCAAAAGGCGUGAAACUCCUCGUUCAAAAGAUUUCAUCGGAAAACGACAACACCGUUGUUCUUGCCAGCAGUCUGCUGUCCAGUUUAGCGCACACCCGCGCAGGAAUUCCCGAUGCAAUGGUCACUACAGGUGCAAUCGACGUGCUUAUCGUGAAACUGUCUUCACCAAAUGAGCAAGUUAGAGCGGCGGUGGCUGUUGCCCUGGGUUAUUUGACUUUUAACAAGACAGCUGCCAGGUUGUUGCUGGGCGCGUGUAGAAACACACCUGGUCUGUACAAGAAACUCAUCGAUAACAUUGGAGAAGACGCGAAAAUCAGCCCCGACUUCAAAUCAGACUUUAAUCGUGCAUUACAUGUGGGACUUCCUUCACAGUGCCUGGAGAUUAACGGAGGGCCCCCUAUCAUCCCUGCUAGUCGAAUGGGACUCAACGGUAAAAGACCCAUGACGACCCAGCCAAGGUCUCGAAAGGCUGAAAACAUAGAGAACGAAAACAGAGCCGUCUCAGCCCCAGCCCGCACAAUGAAAGCCCCGAGUAUCUUCAGUCGAUCAAACGAAGACAGCCGACCAUCGACCUCCAUGACCCGACCUUCCACUGGGCACACCCGACCUCCGUCGGGGUCAACCACAAAGUCGACUCGGAUAAAUCUGCCCUCCCCAGACCAUAGUCAGUUCAAGUCAAAGUUGCGUGCCUGGAAAGAAGAAAAGUAGACUUAUAUGUGAUACAGUGUAUUUUAUGCUCAUGUGUUUCAUUUGGGUGUGGCAAUUUUAGCUCGCCUGUUUUCAGAGAAAACCCGAGGUAUUGUCAUAGCCAGCUCGUCGUCCGCCGCAGGCAUCGUGCUAAAACCUUAACAUUGGCUCUAAAAUCAAAGUGCUUCCACCUACAACUUUGUAACUUCAUAUGUAGAUGCACCUUGAUGAGUUCUACAUGACACACCCAAUUUUGGGUCACUAGGUCAAAGGUCAAGGUCACUGUGACCUCUAAAAAAAAUAAAAAAAAAAUUCUGACAAGCUCAUGCAGCCGAGCGUUGGCACCCGUUAUGCGGUGCUCUUGUUGUGUCUUUAAUUUGAUGCUGCAUUUAUGGUGCAAGAUGUCUGAAAUAAUAUAUAGUUUAGUCUGUAAUUAAAAAAAAGAGAAAGAUUACUUACGUUUUGUGAUUAAUGUUAGGUAUUGAACAAUUUCAUAUCUGUGAAGUACUUCACAUAUUAAACUUGUCAAUGAAAAGAUUAUUAGAAACCUGCAUUAAGAUUGUUCUCCAAGGAAAAUAAAAUUAAAAUUUGUAAUGGCAGUAAAGUAAUAACUAUCUAAUUGUAUUGAAUCGUUUGUGAAUGAAAACGCUGUGUUUUUAAAGCGUCAUUUUCUGCAGCACACACAUAUUUUUCUUUUUCUCUUUAGAAAAUCAUUAAAUUUGAAAUUGAAAUUUGAAGAAGUUGAUUUUCUUUCCAUGAUUAUACAUUUAAUAAUAUAUGAUAUACAUGUUUUUUUCAUAGUUUUUAGUGUAUUGGUCAAACAUUUAUAUUGUAUAUUCAGAGAAUAUCCUAUUUAAGGAGUUUAAUGUUUCACAGCAGUAGAUGUAGUAGGAUUUUAUAAAAUUAUUUUAUUAUGAUAUUGAUAAACUGUCUCAGUUUGUUUGUUUUAGUUAUUUCAUCUGGAUAAAUCAUGGAAUUUAUGGACCAAACUUCAAUAACUAAACAAAUAUAGUUGCUCAACAAAAUGCAAUGGAAACUCUUAAGACAUUUUCUCAAAUUCAGGAAGAUUUAAUGUAUUUAUUGUUUAUUACAUUAUUCCAUAUGUAUUGCUAAAGUAAGCAAGAAUCAGUGUUAUACAUUUAGCAUCCCCUACAUAUGUGUUUUAUUGUUUUUUUCUUAUAAUAAUUAUGCUUUACAUUAAAAAGAGAAUUAUGUAUUGGAAGCGUGUUUUUUUUAAAUUUAGUUGUUGUUGUAUUUGUUCUGUAUUUCUUUAUGUGUGUGUAUAAUAGGUUGUAAAUAAGUUAUUAGAGCAAAAUAAAUUUAUUUAUUCUUACUUUCAAUAAAGUCAGCCCGAUUUUUUUUGCAACCCGUUAUAAUUUCUCAUCUUAGCCUGUAACCUUGUUCUUUUGUAACUUGUAUAUUUUUAAUAUGUUGUCCUUGGAGUUUUAUGUUCAUUUGGAGGUAUAGAAUCUAUUGUCAUUUGUUGGUAUUGUUGUUAUUUUGCUUGUUUGAGUUUAUUGAAUGUUUGGACUAUGAUGGAUUUAACUUAUUUGUAUGCUCCACAAUUGUUUAUGAAAUAAUUACGAACUUAAAGAUGUGUUUUUUUUUCACAGAGAUUCACAGAGGGACUAGGUCUAAUAGAUAUAUCAAUACCGAGUUAUUUUUGUGAUAUAUAAUGUUUGUGUUAUUUAUUUGCUCAUAGCAUCAAAUCACAUAGAGCUUUUGCUAUGGAAGGAAUGUUCUUUUUAUACUGCCUGCAGAUGUCAAAGUUUGCUCUUUGUUGUCUGUUGUCUGUUCUGAUAAUCAUCAAGUAAUUGUUAAAUCAUUAAUAAGUUCACAUACACACAUGGCUUGAUAUAUCUUAUAAAGAAUUUUUGUAACCAAAUGAUUCACUAAGUCUUACGUUGUAUACAAUAAUGAAUGAAUUACAAAUAUAACUUUUAUAAAUCUAAUAAAUUAUGGUAAAUAAGCCUUUUGGCUUCAUGUCUUUGAUCACAUGAUAUCAGAUGAAAUGCAGCUGAUAAAGCUUAUCAGUAAAUAAUAAAUAAUCAACAUUUUAACAUAUCAACUUGCUGCAUGCAACAACUUGCAUGUCGUUAUCUCAAUAACACGACUGCUUUAACCCUUAAUCACUUGGAUACAUAGUCCCUUAGAAAGAUAAAUUUAAUUAAAAACUUUUCUAACUAGAUUCAAGUGUUUAAGGCUUCAUUUCCAACCUUAAGAUUACACUGAUGAGGAGCAAAUAGCAUAAAACCUGAACAGGCUGCGAGUUACUCGCAGGCUGUUCUGGUUUUAUGCUGUUUGCACAUAGCCAUUUUCACUUUGCUUCUGAGUGGGAAAGGGUUAAUGUUGACAGAAGUUUGUCAUUAUGUUAAAUUAGGUUUUGUGAUGUAUUCUGUUGUUUUUAUAGAUUUUUUAUUUGUUUUCCAUUUUGUUGUUUUGUGGAAUGUGAUAGUUUUGCCAUAAUACAUUUUAUUUUUGUUGA